AGUUGGAGAGAGAAGUCUAGGGCAGCCUGGGUGUGUCCUUGUGCCUCUUCAGGAAGUGAAGACCAACCAGAGGUCCUUGGUGUGUUCUCAGAAGUUUGCCUGGAGUUCUCAUCCAGACGUUCUGAAGAUGGAGCGAUCUACCCGGGAGCUGUUUCUCAACUUCACAGUUGUUCUGAUCACGGUUCUUCUUAUGUGGCUCCUGGUGAGGUCCUACCAGUACUGAGGGGCCAUGCCACUCUCCUGGGAAUGACUGCUGUGCGCCCUGAGCUUCCGCUGCUGUGUUUGGAAUGGGAAGCCACUCCGCUGGCCCCUCCAGCAUCUCUGUUCCACCCUCACAAUGCAGUAAUAGAUCCUUUACGUGCUUUUUAAAGAUGCUGUUCUUGUGGGCUGCCAAAAGCUUGCCAGCCAGCGAGCCUUAGAUCUGUUCCCUAGCGUGUGCACUAUUCGGGCCAUCAGGUUAAAAAUUAAACUGAAUUUCGAUGAUGCAGAGUAACAGCAAGCUCCUGGUCUGUGUCAACACCCCCACCUCCCCAACUCACUCUGUCUGCCAUCAAGCUAAUUCAACCCUUCGGAAGAAAUGUGAGAGGAAGUCCUUGCCAGUCCCUUGAGUUCUCAUGUGAAUAAAGUUA